UCGCUGACAUUUGAUGACGUCGCUAUAAAGUUCACCUGGGAGGAGUGGCAGCUCCUGGCUCCUGCUCAGAAGGACCUGUACCUGGAUGUGAUGCUGGAGAACUACAGCCACCUGGUGUCCGUGGGUUACCAAGCUGGCAAUCCAGGUGCACUCUCCAUGUUGGAACAAGGAGAACUGUGGGCCAUAGAGGAUGAAAUCCACAGCCGGAUAUGUCCAGAAAUCUGCAAGGUUCAUGAUCAUCUUCAAGGUCCCUUGGAAAGUCAACAAAUGCUGAAGACUGUUGAACAAUACCAAGAACAUAAUUUCUACAUAAAAACUUUGAAAUCAAAUUUAAGCUUUGCCAACCAGAACAAAAUCUAUGAAAUUAAGAACUCUGUUAAAUACAAUGACUACGAGAAAUCAUUUCUGCCUAGUAAUUACGGACAGUUUCAUUCUACAGUUAAAUUCCCCCUAAGUGCAAAACCUCUCAGCACUGAAUCCCAAGAAAUGAAGCAUCAGAGAUUUAACAACAUCGAGAAAACCCACAUAUGCGGUGAAUGUGGGAGAGCCUUCAUGAAGAAGUCUCAGCUCAUUGAUCACCAGCGGGUUCAUACAGGUGAGAAACCUUACGGAUGCAGUACGUGUGGGAAAGCCUUCUCCCGCAAAUCUAGGCUCAAUGAACAUGAGAGAAUUCAUAAGACAGACAAAUCCCAUGUUUGCAGCGAUUGUGGAAAAGUCUUCCCCAUCAGGAGCCGUCUGAUUGAGCACCAGCGAACUCAUACUGGAGAGAAGCCCUUUGUGUGCACAGACUGUGGGAAAGCGUUUCCUGGGAAGCGCAAUCUCAUCCUCCACCAGCGGACUCAUACGGGGGAGAAAUGUUACAUAUGCAGUGACUGUGGGAAGGGCUUCACUGGAAAGAGCAUGCUCGUCAUCCACCAACGGACUCACACUGGAGAGAAGCCCUAUAUCUGCAGUGACUGUGGCAAAGGCUUCACCACAAAGCACUACGUCAUCAUCCACCAGCGGAACCAUACAGGAGAGAAACCCUACGUGUGCAGCGAUUGCGGAAAAGGCUUCACCAUGAAGACCCGUCUGAACGAACAUCUGCGAACUCACACAGGAGAGAAACCCUAUGUGUGCAAUGAGUGUGGGAAAGCCUUUCCCAGGAAGAGUAAUCUCAUCAUACAUCAGCGGACUCACACUGGAGAGAAGCCCUAUGUGUGCGCGGACUGUGGGAAAGGCUUCCCGUUGAAGAGCCGUCUCAUUGUACAUAAGCGAACUCACACUGGCGAGAAACCCUACAGGUGCAAUGAAUGUGGGAAAGGUUUCAUUGUGAAUAGUGGACUGAUGCUACAUCAGCGAAUUCAUACCGGAGAGAAACCCUAUAUAUGCAACGAGUGUGGGAAAGAUUUUGCCUACAAGAGCAACCUUAUUGUACAUCAGCGAACUCAUACUGGAGAGAAACCUUUUAUGUGCAGUGAGUGCGGAAAGGGCUUCACCAUGAAACGCUAUGUCAUUAUACAUCAGCAAACUCAUUCUGUAGAAAAACCCUACGUAUGCAGUGAAUGCAAAAAGGGCUUUACCUCAAGGAACAAGCUCAUUGACCAUCAACAAAUUCAUACUGGAGAAAAACCCUAUGAAUGCAAAGAAUGUGGAAAAGGCUUCACCGUGAAAAGCCGUCUGACCGUACAUCACCGAACUCAUACUGGGGAGAAGCCCUUUAUAUGCAUUAUAUGUGGAAAAGGCUUUUCCUCGAAGAGAAAUCUCAUUGUACAUCAGCAAACGCACAAUAGAGAGAAACCCUAA